ACUACGUCAUUGAUGCGGUGAAAAUGCAUUGGUCGACAGCGUAGCAGCUAAUUUUGUUUCUGUGUUAUCUGGAGCUUGUUGUGCCUAAGGAUCAAGAUUUUGGGAAACGUGUGUAUGUAUUGUGUACAACUCAAGUAUAGAGGUUUAAUUUGGGAUCUCUUUUAAAAAACAUGGGUAGUAUUGAGCACAUCAAAAGCACAGUACAGUUCGCAACCAUCAUGUAUAAGACAUUGGAAACCGACCACCUGAAGGAAAAUGUAAGGGUAGUGGAUUUUAGAAGUGACACAGUGUCAAAGCCAACAGAAAGGAUGCGACUAGCAAUGUACGAGGCAGAAGUGGGAGACGAUGUAAUGGGAGAAGACCCAACUGUUAAUGCGCUUGAAGAGUUAGGUGCAAAGAUGUUGGGUAAGGAGGCUAGCAUCUUUGUCACCAGUGGAACUAUGGGAAAUCUUAUCGCAACCAUGGUCCAUUGUGAUCGUCGAGGCUGUGAGAUCAUCGUAGGAGACAAGAGCCACAUGGUGUUGUGGGAACAGUCCGGCGCAGCUCAAGUAGCAGGAGUGCAAAUGACAACCGUCAAAAACUUGCCAGACGGGACGUGGGAUUUGGACGAGAUGCUGGACAAGAUAAGAGACGACUCCAAUGUGCACACUGCACAAACAUCCCUUAUCUGUUUGGAGAACACCCACAACUGGUGUGGAGGAAGGGCACUGCCGUUAGGUUGGGUGGAGAAGCUGGCCCAGAUCGCCCGAGAAGUAGGUAUACCGUUGCACUUGGAUGGUGCCAGAGUAUUUAACGCUGCAUUGUCUAGCGGGGUCAAUGUGGCGGAGCUGGUCAAGGACUUCUCCUCCGUCUCUGUUUGUCUCAGCAAAGGUCUUGGAGCUCCGGUUGGGUCCUUGUUGGUUGGAGAUAAACAGUUCAUAAACAGAGCUCGCCGCAUGAGGAAGGUGCUAGGCGGGGGCUGGAGACAAGCAGGGAUUAUAGCAGCAGCGGGGAUAUUUGCCCUAGAGCAUAUGGUAGAAAGGCUCGCAGAGGACCAUGCAGCAGCUAAGAUCAUAGCCCAAGCAAUUGCUGUGAUGGGUAGUAGUCUGGUAACACUUGACCCUGACCAAGUACAGUCCAACAUGUUGUUUGUGAGCCUCCCUACACCCCAUGUGACUGCAGCUGAUUUCUGUCAAAGACUGUACCAGGUAACAGAAGAAGAAGAAAAGUAUCUUGGCAGUGAAAACAGUUGUGUCAUCAAGCUAUUUAAAGUAUCAUCAACCCUGGUGAGGAUGGUGGUCUGCUGCAACAUCAGUGCUGACGACGUGCAGGCGGCAAUACGGAAGCUGCAAUAUGUUGUGAAGGAAUAUGAUUCUAAAGCAAACGUGUGAUUAAAUGUAGGAUUAGCAAAUGUUUGCUGUGUUAAUCAUUCAAAAAGUAUUUAACAUUUUCCAUUUUCGUUCCAUUCUCACUCAACCAAAGUGCAAUGAAGAGUACUAGAAAAGGUCUCUGUCAUAAUAAUUAUUUUAAAUAAUACCCAAUAUUGUUUUUUUAUAAUGUUUUGGUAUCAAAAUGCCUUCACACAUCUUGAAGUAUCAAUAACCUUUAGUCCUAUGCCUUGCUUAUGUUAAACCAUUAUCUUAUGCAUAUUUAGUUAUUUUGAGAUUUUAGCUUUAUAAGUAUAAUGAAUCCAUCUUAAUAAGAUGGCCUUUAAAAUGAAAAUGCCUUUAAAAUGAAUUAAUCUAAAUAUUUAUCAACAAAAAUGCUACCUGUGAUAGGAUUAUAAUUGUUACCAAGUAAAUGUUAGUCCACUAAAGUAUUUACAAGUGUAUGUAACUAUUAUUUAUUUAUGAAUAAUUAAUAAUUUUUUAACAGUAUUCUUAGUUUUCUUGCGUAUACCUACAGUGAAAUGUAAUUUUUUGUAUGAAAUAAAUAGAUAAGC